AGGAAACACACACACAGUAUACACACACCCUAUGCACACAGCCUCACGGUCCAUUGCUCACACCAGUGUAGAAUGGACUUCCAGUACAGUAGCCUGCUUGAUCAUGUGAACCAGCUAUCUGGAUGGCUAGUUGAUUCUGCUAGUUAAUCCUGAUAAUGAACAACUAGCCUAUAGCAAGUCUAUAGAAACACUAGUGGACUUUGAGUUAUACAGGGAUAAUAAUAACAACAAUGUGGAGGAAACAGGAGAAAGACCAGACGCUGGCUGGGAUUCUCUUCUGUCUGACGGUAGGACUGUCUCUCCAGGACAAUGAGGAGAAAGUCAACAAGACAAAAAUAACCGCCGUAGCUGUGUUGGACCCAAGGACGUUCAAUGGCAGGAGAGUUCAGACCAACUGUACGGCUGAGGCUGGGCCCCCCAGCUUGGUGCACCUGUCCCCUGGGGCCCCUGGGCUGGAUGUGAGGCUGGAGGACCCUGCAGUAGCCUACACCACAGGGCUCCUCAGCACCCGGCUCAUCCCCUCAGCCUACCUCCUGGCCAUGGCAGUGGGCAUCCCCUCCAACGCUUAUAUCCUGGCCUUCCUGAGGCUCCGGGCCAGGUCUUUCUCCACGGCUGUCCUCUACCUUAGCCUGGCCCUCUCUGACCUACUCCUCCUGCUCUCCCUGGCCCUCCGAGUCCACUACCACCUAAACGGAAACAACUGGGUGUUCGGCGAAGCUGCCUGCCGUGUCGUCACCGCUUGUUUCUAUGGCAAUGUCUACUGCUCUGCCCACACCAUCGCUUGUGUCAGCCUCAAGCGCUACCUGGCCGUGGUGAGGCCCUUCCUGUACAGGCGGCUGCCCAAGACGGCCUGGGCGCUGGGGGCAAGCCUGGGGGUGUGGGGCCUGUUUGGGGUGGCUGUGAUGCCUGAGCUCCUGGUGAGACAGAGCUUCCUGCUGCCUCGUCUGGGAUUCACCACCUGCCAUGACAUACUGCCCCUGGAGGACUCCCCCCACGCACUGCUGGUGCCCUACAGGUUGGCACUGGUCUGUUUAGGGUUACUCGUGCCCUUUGUGGUCUGUGCCUGGACCCAUGUGGCGGUGGUGCAGCAUCUGGGUCGCUCGGGCCUUGACUGGACACCCUUCAUCAGGGUCAGUACACUGGUCUUCCUCAUCUUCACUGUGUGUUUCGCUCCCAGCGGUGUCCUCCAUAUCGCCCAUUACGUGAGGCUGUCCACCAGUGGAGAGGACGGGCUGUAUGUGUACUCCAGCGCUACAGUGUGUCUGUGCUGCUUCCACAGCUGUCUGGACCCCUUCCUGUGUAUUCUCAUGUCCAGGACAACCGCCUCCAAACUGCGCUUCGCCUCUCUCAGGAGGACACAGCAGACACCUGUUCUGGUGUAGAGACUGUGUGUAUGUGCCCACUGUAUUUAAAAAAAUAUAUAUAUAUUUCAGCUUUAUUUAACCAAGUAAGCUAGUUGAGAACAAGUUCUCAUUUACAACUG